AUGGUUUCCCUUAGGAAGUUGACGAGUGCCAGGGUCCCCUUUGAGGGACUACGAGCGUGUUCUACAUCUCGUGGGAUGGUUUCCCUUAGGAAGUUGACGAGUGCCAGGGUCCCCCUUGAGGGACUACGGGCGUGUUCUACACAUCCCGUAGUAUGCUUUGGUCGUCGCCUUGUGUCUCCCGAAGGAUGCUACUUAUGUGCAACUGCAUGA